UUCACGCGGUUGUUAACAUGUUACAAUUUAUGUUAAGUUUAUAGUUUAGCAAAUUCAAUAAGAUGUUAUUGUUAGUUUUUGUUGUGUUAGUUAAAAGUUGUUUGUGUUAUUCGGACGAUGACUUAGGAUAUGGUUUGAGUAUUGGGAAUUCUAUAGAUGUUUUCGCAAACUACGGAGAUCUAUCUCAAGUUACCCAAGUGGUAUCAUCAGACUAUGAGGAUGAAGUCUCCGAACCAAUUGAACCCUUUCGAGAGAAAAACAUCAGGGUGUUCGACAGCAUCGUGGUCAGGGAGACGUCUGGAGACAAGCAGGUGGAUAUGAACAUCCAGCUCUGUGAGACAUUCGAAGAUCUACUCAAGACUUACUUCCAGAACUUUCAUAUAGAAGGUACAGACAUAGCAUGGAAGGCGUUCCUCGGAGACUGGGUCCCUGAUGAAAUACUCAGAUCGUUCGGGAUGGACUACGACUCAACACCUGAUAACUGCUGCUUCGUCCUCGUGAAAAUAUCCAAAACUCACAAGUCUGUUGAGAUAGAGUCGUUGAAAAAAAUGAAGGCCAAGGUCUACGUUCAGAGAGCCAUCGACCGCUUGAAUGUCACGGACUCGACAGCUGUAAGGAGGUUUAUGAAGAGUUACGGAACUCAUUACAUAGACUCGUACGUCACUGGGAAUUUUAUUUAUCAAGUAUUCAAGUACAAACGCAGCGGUUAUAACCUUCUAAGAUCAUACAUAAAACUGCGCGAGAGACGGAGAAGUAAUUCUGAUAAUAUCAGGUUCUACUUCUCAUCAUACUUCCUGAAGCAAGUUGGCGACAUCAGGAUAGCCAGCGGUAACAAGAGUGUAGAAAACUGGGCGCGAGAUAACCUAAAAGAUAGCCAGUACUUAUUCUCGAGGCCCAGUUUGUUAAGACUCCAUUAUAACCCAGUUUUGGCUGUCAAACUUAACCACAUGUUAGACAACGAAGCUCUCCUUGGUUUAAGUUUAAAAACACUCAAGCCGCUGUUCAAGGAUGAAUACAUGGGUGAAAAAUUUAGUGAAAUUGUCGAAAACGAUUUGAAAUUAUGGGAAGUGAACGCGUGAGAUCUUUAUAAAUAUAAAAAAUCUAGUCUGCCUGUCGAUAGCAAAAAAAAAACAACAAUAAGGAACUUCCUGCCUUCGAUAAUUUAUACUUCGAGACAGCCGAUGAAAACAGGCAAGGUACUUUAGUGUGCGUGACAAGCUACGUCUUACACUCGCGACUUGUAUGUCACUUUGUGUUAGUGUGCGUUCAUAGUUCAAAAUAGACGUUAACUGUUACCCUUAAUUUUUUUCAACCCUUUUACAGCUGCCACAGUCUAUCUAGACGUAUAAAUGAUAUAAGCUUUCUCCCAUGCGUAACCAAAUUUUCUUCCUUGGUUGGUAAACAAUAUACUAUUUCAUACAGUCCACUUCAUUCUUGAUUGUUGUAAGAAAACAUAGGAGAAACAUUAAUUGUUCUAUUCUAUAAAAUAUCCCAUGAAAUACCUCAUUGUAAAUAUUUCAGCUUCGAGUACUUAAAUAAAAACCAAUAAGAUUAU